AUCAAGAAAAGUAUGUUCUCAUUGACGAAAAAGGAGGAUCAACGGUCUCAUGUAUUGAUGCCGGUCUUCCUUAGUGCCUGUGCGAUUCCAGUAUCUAUGCUAUUUUGGACUGUAAACGUAGUCUAUUCAACCUUUCAUAAAGACACAGAUAAUCACUUCGAAGAGCACUUAGUGAUAUCACCAUGGAGGUGGUUGUCUGCUGUUGUUAUUCCCCUUUUGAUGGCGUUUUGGGGUUUGAAAAAGAAAAGCCUGGAUAUCACUGGUGUUAUUCUCGGAUUAUUCAUGGGUUUUAGUCUGACACUUACAAGUUUUGCUCAUCUGGCUUGUCUCUUCACAUUCUUUGUUUCCUCUUCCAAGGCAACAAAAUUUCGUUCUCACAAAAAGAGAAAACUUGAGGCAGACUUUAAAGAGGGUGGGCAAAGAAACUGGAUUCAAGUCUUGUGCAAUGGUGGUAUGGCAACACAGUUGGCAAUUUUGUACCUAUUGGAUGUUGGUUGUGGCGAACGACCUAUAGAUUUUGAUAAGAAUUACAGAAGUUCCUGGUUAUCAAUUGGAAUUUUAGGAGCUUUUGCAUGUUGCAAUGGUGAUACUUGGGCUUCGGAAAUUGGAACCGUUGUUGGUAGUCAUGAUCCUUUCUUAAUUACAUCAAGGAAAAGAGUACCAAGAGGAACAAAUGGUGGUAUAUCGUGGGUAGGUCUUUUGGUCUCCGCGCUCGGUGGUUUGUUGGUGGGUUUGUUUCAUUACUUAACCAUACUAUAUACUGUAGACACGGCUAUACUUCAAUUAGCUGCACCACAGUGGCCUGUUAUUAUUGUUGGAGGUAUUGGAGGUCUUCUUGGUAGCAUCAUAGAUUCUAUUUUAGGGGCUACGUUACAAUAUUCAGGAAUUAAUGAGAAUGGAAUGGUGGUGGAACGUCCUGGGAAAGGAGUGAAAUAUAUUUGUGGUAGACAGAUUUUAGAUAAUCACAGUGUCAAUCUUUUAUCAAGCGUUGCUGUCGCGCUCACUUUACCAAGGAUAGCGAACCUAAUUUGGUCUUUGUAAUAUACAUUUCAC